UGGCUUCGUCAAUCCGAGUCCCCUCACCAUGUCCUCCUCUUCCAACCCAGCUCCAUGGAGCGAUUAUAUGCGGGGAAUCUAUCUGAGUGGGAAGGGGCCAACACCACUUGGGACAGUCGUAUACAAAGAGAUCGAAGAGAAAGCUCGACAGAAGCUCAAGGACUAUCCAGGAGCGUUUUUGUACGCUCAUGGAAGUGCUGGGGCAUGGCAAACCUACAAUGCUAAUCUCAGAGCCUUUGAAAAGCUCACUAUCGUGCCUCGUAUGCUCGUCGAUGCUUCGGUUCGAAAUCUUGAGACGACCAUCUUCGGAGUGACCCAUUCGAGUCCCAUCUUUAUCGCACCCAUCGGCGUUCAGGGAAUAUUUUGCGAUGAAGCAGAGUUCGCUCCUGCUCGUGCCGCUCGAAACCUCAAAGUACCAUUCAUAAUGAGUACAGCAUCGACUAGGAGCAUCGAGGAAGUAGCUCGAGAGAAUGGAGAUGGCUAUCGAUGGUUCCAGUUGUACUGGCCAAAAGACGACAAGGUCACCCUCUCCCUUCUCAAACGCGCCAAAGACAACGGAUUCAAAGGCCUCGUUAUUACACUGGACACUAUGAACAUAGGCUGGCGCCCACACGACCUUGAGACAGCCUACCUACCCUUCGGUCAUGGCGUCGGAAUUGAAGUUGGUCGUUCCGACCCGGUAUUCAUGGCAAAACACGGGUUACAACCCACCACCGACCACCAUCCAGAGUUCCCUUAUGAUCCCAAAGCCAAGAUGAAGUUAUUACAACAAGGGGACGAGGAGACUGUCAGAGAAAUGAAGCUGGGACAGAGUUGGUUGUUGGAGACGAAUUCAGGGCUGUAUAGAUCUUGGGAGGAUCUCAGAUUUUUACGGAAGAUUUGGGAUGGUCCGUUGGUCCUGAAGGGGAUUCAACAUGUCGAGGACGCAGAAAAAUGCUUGGAAUACGGUAUCGACGGUAUAAUAGUAUCAAACCACGGAGGCAGACAAGUCGAUGGAGCUAUACCUUCCUUAUUUGCACUCGAAAACAUCAUGAAAUCCGAAAAAAUCCGAGCUGCUCAAAGUUCCGGGAAGCUUACAAUCCUUUUUGACUCGGGAAUCAGGACCGGGAGUGACAUCAUUAAAGCGAUAGCGUUGGGUGCACAGGCUGUCUUGCUGGGCCGCCCGUGGGUGUAUGGAGCGACACUCGCAGGGACAGCUGGCAUCGAGCAGGUGAUUAAACAUACCAUGGCGGAUUUAGAUACGAACAUGGGAUGUGCUGGGUACCCCAAUUUGGCUGAUAUUCGAGGGAAGGCAGAUAAGAUUUUGGACAAGAUAGAUUGGUAGACUCGGAGGUCUUGCGCCUUGCAAUUUUGAAGAAGAAUCAAUAACGUGUAUUAUCUAGCGUAUCGGUGCGCAAUCUUGAAGUUCAAAAUCGACG